GUGACUCCCACUCACUUGCCAAAGAACUGCAGGAUGAUUCACACGAAGGACAGACUCCUCUUGAAACCUUGGUUCAGUGUCUUCAGUGCAUUGUUCUUGCAUCAAACUGUGGUCCUCUUUCUCCUAGGUCAGUCUCAGGUAAUCAGUACAUCUCAGCCAAUAGUGGCAAAGGUUGGUGAUGACAUAACUUUGCCAUGCCACCUGGAAAUUGCUGUGGAUGCUACUGACCUGACUGUGGAGUGGGCGAGACCUGACCUACAGCCCAGAUUUGUCUAUUUGAGACGAGACGGCGUGGAGCUUCAGCGUGCGGAGCAUCCAUUGUACAUGGGGAGAACAUCACUGUCCACCAACGAACUAAAGUGUGGAGACAUUUCACUUAAACUCUCCAACGUAAAACUCUCUGAUACAGGAACCUACAAAUGCCUUGUUCCAAAAUCUGGUACAGAAUAUGUUGUCGAGCUCACUGUAGGUUCUGUCUCCUCACCUGACAUGAAGAUAUCCAAAGUCAGCAAUGGAGCGGUUCUACAGUGUGAGUCUAAAGGCUGGUAUCCAGAGCCUGAGGUGUUGUGGCUGGACAGUGAGGGAAACCUCCUCUCUGCUGGACCUCCAGAGACAGUCAGAGGUCCUGAUGAUCUCUAUACUGUCAGCAGCAGAGUGACUGUGGAGAAGAGACACAGCAACAGAUUCACCUGUAGAGUCCAGCAGAAGAACACCAACCAGACUAGAGAGACAACUAUCCAUCUUCCAGAUGAUGUCUUCAUGGACCAGUGUAAUUUUGCUGUUCGCAUCACCAUCUGCUCGGCUGUCUGCUUCAUGUCUGUCAUGGCAGUCUUUGUUUUGUGGAAAUGUGGACAACACCAAAUCAAAACCACAAACGGCAGCACAGAACGUCAGCAUCUGGUGGAGGGAGAUAAAAUGAUUCAGUUGGACAUGAAAGAGGAAAAACUUGUUGAGGAGUUACAGAAGAAUGAGAGCGAUUUGAAACAUGUACAACAGGUGAUUACAAUAUUGACAAAUCAGAAGAAAGAGCUGGAGAACCAGAGAGAGAAACUCUACUCACUACUGGAUGAGGACAGGACACGGGUAGAGCAGAACAACAAGAAGCUGAAGAAGAUCCCCAAAACAGACACAGGUAAAAAAAUGGAAAAGUGUGUAAAGACCAGAAAGGAUCUGGACAGGAGAAAGACAGAACAUGAUGAACUGUUAUGGAACACAGAGAAGUUACAGGAGACAGCAGAGAAGAUGAUUACUAUAAUGACAGAAAGGAAAGAGAAACUAGAGAGAGAUAAGGAGAAAAUAAAUGAACACCUGAAAGAGAUGGAGAGACAGAGAGAAGAGACCAAACUUCAGUUAGAGCAGCAAGAGAGGGAAGAGGAAAAAAUAAUCCAUCCUCCAAUGAUGAUAUAUGAAAAAUGAUGUAUUCAUAUUAGAUCCAUAGUUUUGUCAUCUACCGGAUCAUUCCAAACCAGAUGUGACCACAGUGAACUUUGGUCACUCUAUUCUUUGCUCACUUCCUCCAGUUCAAGACAACAAAGAACCAGUCACAUUUGACAUCAUGAAAAUGAACGAAACAGGUUGCUGCAUUAACUUGAAUUUCAGUUCAAGUGUCUUUGUUUUAUAGAAAUUAUUUUUUUCUCAUCAUUGUCUUGCAUAAUGUUGCAUUUUUGAAUAAAUUGUACUAUAAUAUUCUUUUGCUGUAUUUACUGUAAAAUUCAUGUUAGGCUGUACUUCAUUGACAUAAAUAAUACUUUGUUCAAAAUGUGUGAUUACAUAAUCCUGAAAAUGUAUGAUAGCUUAUAUCAGCAUCACCAAUUGUUUUAUUAAUGGUUAAAGUUUAAAUACAAAUUUAUAGUAGGCAUAUUUUAAUUUAAUUUCACCCAGAUUUGAUCUUUUGUGCCCAUUUACUGAUUGUUCUGUUGUGUUUACUUCAUGUUAGACAGUAACAGUCAUCCCACAAUCAGCCCAACAGCAGUUUCUCCUAACACUCCUAAAACCCCUCCUAAAAGUUUUUUUUUUCUUGCAGUCAUUGAUGUUUUAUAGCUGAGAAAUACAGAUGUGUUUUUGAUAACAACUGUACAUGACCCCUUUCUUAAAAGAAAUAAAUUAACAUUUUCUA